AUGAGUUUUAAAGAGUUGGGUCUUUCCAAGUGGCUUGUGGAGUCGCUCGAGGCGAUGAAGAUCUUCGCUCCUACCCAAAUUCAAAGUGCAUGUAUUCCAGCCGUUUUAGAAGGUAGAGAUUGUGUUGGAGGAGCCAAAACCGGUAGUGGUAAAACAAUAGCUUUUGCGGGGCCUAUGUUAACCAAAUGGUCCGAAAACCCCUUUGGUAUUUUUGGGUUAAUCCUCACUCCCACGCGGGAAUUAGCACUUCAGAUUGCAGAACAGUUUGCAGCUUUAGGGGCCAAUGCCAAUGUUAAAGUGGCAGUGAUUGUUGGAGGUGAAGAUAUUGUGAAACAAGCGUUAGAAUUGACUAAAAGACCUCAUUUUGUCAUUGCAACUCCUGGUAGAUUGGCAGAUCAUAUAUUGAAUAGUGGAGAAGAGGCUAUUGCUGGACUUAGAAGAGUGAAAUAUUUGGUUCUAGAUGAAGCAGAUCGACUUUUAAGUAAUAGUUUCAGUAGUGAUUUAGAUAGAUGUUUUAAGGUUCUCCCACUGUCUGAAAAAAGACAAACAUUAUUGUUUACAGCUACUGUUACUGACGCCAUUCGAGCAUUGAAGGAUAAACCAGUUGUCGAAGGUAAACUACCAGUGUUCAUACAUGAAGUAGAGACGGUGGACAAGGUGGCUAUUCCCUCCACGCUUCUGGUAUACUAUACCUUCCUUCCAUCGUACGUUAAAGAAGCAUAUUUGCAUAGCAUAUUGAAGUUGACUAAAUACGAAAAGUCUACUGCAGUCAUCUUCGUCAACAGAACUAGAACAGCAGAGAUCCUUAGGAGAACCCUUAGGAAAUUGGAGUUUAGAGUGGCAUCGUUACAUUCGGAAAUGCCCCAGACAGAAAGAACAAACUCCUUACAUAGAUUCAAAGCUGGUGCUGCUUCCAUACUUAUAGCCACGGAUGUUGCAUCCAGAGGGUUGGACAUCCCCUCAGUUGAUUUGGUGAUCAACUUUGAUAUACCUGCAGAUCCUGAUGAUUUCAUUCAUAGAGUUGGUAGAACUGCCAGAGCAGGAAGAAAGGGUGAUGCCGUGUCCAUGGUCACGGAGAAGGACAUUGACCGUGUGCAUUCGAUAGAAGAGAGAAUCAACAAAAAGAUGGACUUGUUAGAAGGUGUUGAUGACGAAGACGUCAUCAGAGACUCCUUGAAUGUGACCACGGCUGCUAAGAGAGAAGCUCAUCUGGAGAUGGAGAAGGAGAACUUUGGAGAGAGAAAGAGGAUUAACCAGAAGAAACAUGGGUUGGAUAAAGAUAUAUCAAAGGUGACAAAAAAGAAGAGUAAGAGUAAGAAUUAA